AUGUCUAUCAAGCAGCUUUACGGACGCCAGAGUCUUGCCGAAGUGAGUCGUCGUCGAGAUUCGACCUCUCGACCGCCCGGCAACGGGUCGUCGACUGACCGUGACUCCAGUCGACGUGGUCGACCUCACGCCGCUGGAGUCUCCUCUUCUGCCUCGGCCGGUAGCACGACCUGUUCACGUCGCCUAGCAACAGUGCGUCAGAAACAGGCCGCCUCUAGACUCUCCUCGGCCGGAGUGAGUCGUCGGCCGGGCCGUCAUCGCGGUCGUCAACGGCGCACCAGCACCGUCUCUGUCUCUCCUUCUCUGUCGCCCUCGUCGGCUUCCGCCUCGUCGGCCUCGUCCACGACGACAGUCGCCACCUCGACCGGCGUCGGGUCGGCAGACAAUGGCAGUCAAACCGCACCCACGGGACUCGAACCGGCGGCCGUGAGCGCGCCAGGCCAGGCCGGACUUCGUCUGCCACGCCGGCACAGAUCACGACGCCGCACGGCCAAGACGAGCCUGUCGCGGGCCCGAAAGGUCAGUCGUCUCGUGGCUUGGCAUGGCGUUUCCAUUUCGACGCGACAAUUGCUUGUUGGGGAUUCGGACUUGGCCUGUCAGGGGAAGGGGGGGGCGAGGCAGGAUCGUUUUAUGGUUGGUAUAACCUGGAAUGUGCGUAAUAAUUUCAUGAUCAUACAGUUACUGAUUGGGGUAGACAUGUUCGGUGUAGAGACGGCCUUCUCGAAGGUUUACGGCAUGCCUGAUGUAACCAACACAUUUUGGGGAUCUGUGUCUACAGCCAUGAAAACCAAGGGCCUAAUCGCGACUUUAUAA